CCGCCAUUUAUUUUUAAAAGUUUUGAAGUUUUGCUUUCGAGUAUAUUUUUUCAAAUAUACAUUGUUUACGUGGAACGAAGACAUUUAGAAACAAGAUUUUGGAUACGUGUUAAUUUCAUAAUGGUUGGAUGUCUCCAUAGUAACAAUACAGAUGAUAUGAUGUUAAGGUGGUUACAAUGUUGUCACAGCAGUCACUGAUGUCCAUCCAUGUUCUAGUUCUGGUAACAACAUUGCUGUUGCUAUAGUUACUAUACUGAUGUUGCUGUUGUAACCAUGGCAACUUAUGGUGGGGAGGAAGAUGAUGAUUUCGAGGUUGAUGAAUAUGGCAUAUACAGAGAGAGGCAAAAGAAAGGGAUCCCAAACUUGGAUGAAUUUGGAAUUCUACGAGAUGAUGGGGAAGAUGCAUUAGAACCACAAUAUACACACCGAACUGCAGACUCAGGAUUGGGCUAUGAAAAAACAUCCUCCACCUCCACUGUUCGAUCUCGUCAACCAGACAAAAUGGCCGAUAUUCAUAGUGAACAGAAUGACUCCCAUCCUCUUGAUGAGCAGAGUCUGGGCUUAAGUGAUUUUGAUCCUUCGUUCAAAGAUGAAAUUUCUUUUGACCAUGGCUCACUUAUGAGUAAAGAUGAAACUGAGCUCCACUUUAAUGAUACUGUUGAAACUCAUGAUAUAUUUGGAGGACAUGUGACCAAAAUGGACCAAUCAGAUUUGUUUAUGGAUAGGGGGUCAUCGAAUGCCAGUUUAGAACAGUAUUACGGCUCAUUUGCUCAGGAAAGUCAUCACAUACCCCUAGAAUUAGAAAAGAAAAAUUUAGUCGGAAAAUCGCAAAAAUCAUUAAUGGAAUUUGAACAAUUGGAGUAUGAAAUUGAACAAAAUGAGGACUCUGAUCAUUUAGGUGAAUUUCUUAAAGGAACAGUCAGUACAAGUGAAAACAUUGAGUCAAAUAACCAAGGAUUCAAUCCCGAUGAAGCCCAAGAACAGUAUGACACUGACAACGAGAUGGAGGAAAUUUAUAAUGCAAGUAAAAACAGUCGACCUUCUGAAGAAGAGGAUCAUCAAUUAUUUGGCCAGUUCAGUGAAGAAAUCCAUGACAUUCCGAAAACAAAAGACCUCAGUUACCAGGACUCAAAUCACCAGGAUUUGCAAUAUGAGCAGGAUUUAAAUCAUCAGGAAAUUUCAUUACCAACUUCGAGGUCUGAACUUGAUAUUGACUCGAGGGCUUCCAAAUCUGAAAUGAUUACUGAUCAAUCUUUCCCUAACAGUCACGAUAUUACUGAAAUUUCUUCCCCACAUAAUAACACUAUCAUAGAUCUAGACAGUCAAAGACCUUGCACACGAAAUACUGAACAAUUUUCUGAACCAGGAGAAGAGUAUGCUAGUAAUCUUGUCACGGACAGUGAAGUGGAAAUAGCAUUUAAAAAAGAGCCUAGAGAAAUGCAUAUAUUUGAUGAAAUCCAGAAUGAUUUUCAUGGUGACACUUUGCCUUUUGACAACACUUUGCAACAGAACGAUGCUGAUCUCAAUGUUUAUGAAACUCAGGAGAGUUCACAAUCACAACCCAAAUUUAGACCUGAAUUGUAUGAAGACGAAAGAAGUAAAAUUCCAAUGUUUGCCAAUCGACCUCCUUCAAUGUCUCCUCCAAGGUCACGACCAGGGUCAGUUUCUCCUACAAGGUCAAGAAUUGGUUCUUCAUCUCCAGUUAGGGCUUAUACAGAAAAAUCCCAAAGGAAUACUCCCAGGUCACAUAGGGAAUCUCCUGUAUCACACAGGGAAUCUCCAAGGUCUCGAAGGGAAUCCCCAAGGUCAGCUAGAGAAUCCCCAAGAGGUUCAAGAGCCAGUCAAAUCAAAUCUCCAUUUAUCCGUCCAGAUUCACAGAACUAUAUAUCAACGAUGAAUCCACUCUCAGACGUUUCUGAACAGUCACCUGAAAUACUCACAAAAAGUCAACGGUCUCAUAGUGUGACAUCACAACAAUUUAGCAGCAGGACGUCAACUCCGAAAUGUGUGGAUGUCGAAGUUGAAGAAACCUUAUGCCUGUCUCCAAGAAUAAGUAAAACUGGUAAGAAAUCUACAUCUCAGCCACAAAGUAGGUCACAUACACCUAAAACUAAACAAAAGCCUCGAGCUAGCUCUGUAGUCACAAUAAGUAAAACAGACAAAGAAAAUGAUGUCUCAAGUAUACUCAAACCAUCAUCCUCAGAUUCUACAUUAAAAUACUCAAAAUCAAAUGCUCAACAGGAUUUUAAAAUUAAAUCCAAAUCGCAAAAUGUUGUCGCGAAACAACAGCCAAUCAAAGCACAGAUUGGUGUAGUGCCAAAUGUGGACUAUUCAACUUCUCAGGAAAGUUCAGACCAGGAUGCAUCUUUGUCGAAGCACGAGCUAUCGGUUCGUCUAAAAUUGGAGCAUUCUCAACAUAAAGAAGAUCAUCGUACCAUAUCGACUCUUCAAGAAGAAUAUGAUAAUCUCCUAUCAAAAUACGCUCUAGCAGAGGUCACAAUUGACCAAUUAAAACUAGGUGCAAAGGUCAAUUUAUAUUCUGACUCGCCAGCGCCAGGUCAAAGUUCAACUGGAAAAGUUACGCCAUCUAUCCAUCAUCCACACACUAUCUCCAUGGGAACCAAGGGGCAGGGAAUGCUGGGUACAGUGUCCCCAGCAAUGCAGGGAGUGUUGUCCAGCACCACAGGAUCAAGACGAACCUCAGCUGUUGGCUCUGGCCAGGCUGAUAUGGGCAGUGCACCCAUCCCUGGGGCUUCCAUUGGUCAACUAGAGAGCUCUUCAAUGGUUGAUGGAGGAGGUAAUAAUCCAUGGUUAACUACUACCUCCAGUGGGGAGAGCAUGAAAUUAGGAUUGGUGUUCAAAGCCUCUGGACUGGCUGAUCAGGUUGACUCGUUCAAUGCAUUAAUAACAGAGAACCAGCUGUCUCCUGAAGAACAAAACAAGGUUUACAACCAGCUUAAGGAGAACUUCGCUAGCCUGCAGAAAGAUUACCUCACCACAAAACAAGAACAUGAUUUGUUACGUAGGCAGGGGGUGCUACCAAGUGGUGGAUCAAACGAGGAAUUUGACGCUGAUCGAUCACUCGAGGGUGAAUUAUUCAAUCUCGGAACCCAAUUGGACGAUCUACACGAGCAUGUGGAAAAUAAAGCCAUUCAAAUAGCCAAUCAGAGGACUCCAUUUCAAGACACUGCGCUGCAGAGGGAGGAAAAUGUAACACCAAGAUCAGGAACGCCGCUAUCUCGGAAAAUCAGCGCCAAUGGAUCUCUGCUUCCUGAUCGGGUGUCUACACCCCAGACAACAAAAUCAACAUCUAGUGGGCAAAAUAUUGGCAUUGGGAGUGUAGGGAGUGUACAAAAAGACCAGGAUGUUGAACGACAGGUGCAGCAUCUACAGUCGGAGUACAACUCGUUGAUUGAUCGUUACAGACGAUUGAAAGAAAUGCCACGGUCUUCUGAUAGAGAUAGAGAGAUCCAGAACCUAGUUGAGAACUUACAUACAAUAUGUGCACAGUCACCAGAUGGAGCAACCAGUCUGAAGGUUCCAGCAGAAGUUCUGGAUGAUAUUAAUAUCGCUGAAGAUGAAUAUUACAAUGAAAAGCCUGAUGAGGAAGAAUAUACUUCAACCAGCCCUGAGCCAAGAGGCACAAGAGGGUCUGGUAUCCCAAGAUCUACAAGGAAGCUAAAGGAUACAAAGAAGACAAAAGAAAGUGGAAAUCUAAAGGAUGGCUCGAAGGUUGGAGACUACCUUGGCAGUCACAGUAGUAUUCCUGACAGUGGUCUGUCCACACCUUCAGGAAGCAGACCAGACAGGUACAAACUACGACCUCAUGGAGGCAGAGAGGGGGAUAUUGACUCUGGUUUUAUGGGGAGUGAGAGCAGUAGGCAAUCUCUUGCUCAACAUCCACAGAAAAAACAGCCUGAAACUGAACCUGGCUUGAGAAAUAAACGGCAAAAAAAUAUCCAGCAUGUGACAAAAGAAAAAGAUGCUCAACCAAAUGGCAAGUUACGUCAACCUAGUAAAAUUUCCUACCCACAUGGUGGGCAGCGCCAAAUGGGACACAGCCAGGGGCAACUCAACCAAGGGGACCACAGUCAAGGGGGCCAUAGUAGUGAAGAGGAAGCUCCAAGUUUUAUAUCUGCUGGGUCAAGGAGUAGUGUCAAAAGUGAACAACUCAAAGCCUUACAAGAAGAGCUUGUGAAAUUGAAAAAUCAAAUGAACCAAAAACUGCAGCCACAACAUAAUGGUGAUCAACCGCAGCCAGGACAAAAUGGUACAAAUACCCCUGAGAGCCACCCUAACUCAUACCAGGGCAGAGAAAAACACCAUCUCAGUGCAAUCCCAAGGAGACUUCAGAGUCAUCAUUCACAGAGAAAACCUGAGCUCUCUCGGGAAGGUUCACUAUAUAGCGAAACAGGAGCCCAUUCUAAUACAUUCUCUAAUGUCAGUGGUAAUCGUCCAAAUCAACGAAAUAUACCAAAGUGGCAAGGUGGGGUGGGCUCUAGAGGAUCCAGCCAGCUGAUUGGUCAAGAGGAUCCUGUUGGUUCAGUAAGUCAGCAAGGGUCACGGUAUGGGUGUUAUGAAAAUGAUGAUACUUUUAGAGAUGGAAGUGACAUUUUUAGUCAACGUGGGCAUAUUGAACCAAAUGAGAGGCUUAGUGAACAGUUAAGUAAAGAUUUGCAUGUCCAGCCCCGACACCCACGUGAUAGGGACAGACUUUAUCAAAAAACAAAUAAAGAUUCACGUACCAGAUAUCGUCAGCCAGAGGAUGAAGGCCUAGAUGAUAGAUACUUCACAAUGACUGAUAGACCAAUAUAUAACGGAGGUCAAGGAGAUAUAUUCCCAGAUGAAUUUGAAAGACAAGCUCCUCGGUCAACAUACGAAGAAAAUACAAAUUAUAAGCCUACUGAACCAUACAGGAGACACCCCAGUGAUUCUAACAAUGAUAACCCACCAAGAUUAUCAAGACAUGAUUUGGGUGAGAGUUCACAGAGGUCAUACUUGCCGUCUGCUAGAUAUGAAAAUGAGGCUGGUCCUAGAUAUAAACCUAGACACAGUGAAAAAGAGGCGGGAUAUGAAAAAGAGGCUGGUUCUAGAUAUAGACCAAGAUACAAUGACUAUGUCCCUAGAAAUGAAAGGGAUGAUUAUCUCAGGACAUCAAGAGAUUAUCAAGACAAUCGAGUCUCAUUUUAUCCACCUGAAAACAAUAAUCCACCUAGUAUUAUAAGAACAUCCCACCACAAUAGACCUGACGUUAGGCAGCGGCAUUAUGAUUCCUCACCCCAAAGAAAUCCACACAAUGAUUCUAGAUAUGAGCCUGACCCACCUUUGAGGCAAAGUGAAGUUUAUGGAGACUCCUUUGUUGGGGCAUCCCCUUAUGCUCCAAGAGCCCAAUCAACUAGGCCUGUCCAUUCAGUACCUUAUCCUCUGCCUGAUGUGCCCCAAGCAACUCCUAUGGCACAUCAGCAAACACCCACAGUGCCAGCUAACUAUAGCCCCAUAGUGCCUCAGACUCCAAUUGCCAUGCAUCAUUCUACCCCUACAAUGCAUCAAAAUACCCCUGCUGUGCCUCAAGCUAUCCCUGUAGUGCCUCAGUCUGUUCCUACAGUACUUCAUUCAACCCCAAUAGUACCAAAUACAACACCUAUAGUGCCAAAUCAUAUAUUAACCACACCUAUAGUGCCUACAGCUCCCCAAGCUUCAUACCAGGUACCCAUUGCCCAUAUCCCCACCCCCAUGGCCCAAUUGCCGACUCCUGGACUGCCCCAAACCACUCUGAACAUCAGCACUUCUGUGUGUCCAGUCUGCAGCGGAUCUGGCCAGUGUACUCAUGCAGCAUACACACAGACACAACCAUCAGUGCCAUCUGGUGAUCCUGCCCCACUUGCACAGCCAGGUGUUACCAGUACUCCAACACAUGUCAUUCACAGUGCCCCCAACCAUGACAUCUCAAGAAUUGCCCAUAUUGCCACCCCCAGGACUGGAAAAUUAACCCCCAGGGGCUCUAAAGUGCGCUACUAUGUGCGGGAAAUACAUGAUUCAAGUUCCGGACAUGAUACAGAAGAAGUACAUUAUACAUUACAUAGAAGAAACAGAAGUUCAACACCCAGAAAGUCUAGCAGAAGUAAAUCACGGAGGAGUUUAUAUGAUGAAUCAGUAAAUGAUCAAGAGUUUGAUGAAAUGGAUGACUCACUGGAUAUGGCCAACAGGACAGCUAGACAGCUCAAGCACAUAUCUGACAAAAUGCGCUCUUCCAUGAAACACGAGCUCAUUCAAUCACAUAGAGAUAGUUUGCUUAUAAUGUAAACUUAUUGAACAUUAUGUACCAUAGCAUAUGGGCACUCUCAUAUAAACAUAUGCCAUGGACACUGCCCAUAUAAGACAAAUGGAUAAUGCCUAAUAAAGCAAAUGGACAUAAGAACUAAGAAGUAGAUUCUUUGAUUUAUGACCUCAUUCUUUUAUGAUAAGUAUAUAUUUUACUUUGGCUUAUAUAUUUUACUUUGGCUGCUAUAUUAUAAGGACAGUGCCCUAUAAAGCAAAUGGACAUUUCCCAUUUUAGCAUUCAGAGAUUGCCCAUUUUACAAUAGUCUAUAGAUAUUGCCAAUUUUUGGCAUAUUGAAACCUUUUUGCAAAACAGUGUAAGCAUAUGGGAGAAUCAGUGUUUCAUGAUAUUGAUAAUUUGUCUCUAUUAGGCUAAUGGUAGUCAGAGACAAUUCAUUUGAAUUACCAAUUACCAUGGAUACAAUAUAAGUAAUCAGUUGUACAGUUUUUACCUAUAUUCAUAACAUGAAAUUCAAGUGAUUAUUUUUGAUAUUGUAUUUUAUUUGAUUAUAGUACAGUAUUUAUUAUUAUGUAUUUGACUUUUAGUUAUCUUUUUUUCAAACUGAAUAUGAAUUAGAAGGAUUAUCUCAAAAUGUCCCAUUUUUUACGAUGCAACCACAUUAUAUGAAUGGAAAUGGUCCCUUAUAGUUGCAGAAGUCACUAUGUGACAGAAUAAAAGUGAAAGAUGAUAUUUCAGUAUUCACACAACUGUAGUGUAAACUUCACGAUAUGGAGUCUAUAUUUUCAUUUGCUGUUCAGUGGAAUUCUCUCUUUAUGUCACCACUAAUGCCUGUGUCACAUUUGGUGCAAUUCAUCGGCCGGAGCCCAGCCGAUGGAAAAUUGUUUUCAGAUUUGAACAAAUACUCAAUUGUCCAGGCGCUGGCCGAUGAAUCAGAGCAAAUGUG